AUGGCAGCCAGCAAUAUCGACCCAGCUAUCUUCGAGCAUCUUCAGGCCAAAAUCGAUGAAGAAGGUAGAAUCAAAGAUGAACUCAAAGACAUCAUCCAACAGCUAGAGAAGCAAGGCCGAGUCACACAGUCCAUUUUAUCACGCAUCCACAACACCCCUACAGGCCAGUUAGGACCCGCUGUAUUUCAACCAUGCGAGAAGUCCAUCUUGACGCAAAUUCACCUUGUCAAAAUUCUGUCAGACAUUGCAUCAAAACAUCCCUUCUACAAAUGGAACAAUCUAUGGACACGAGAGAUGCAGAACCUGAUCUUUUGUCUCCAGCUGAGGCACUGGCUCGCACAUCAGGAGCUUGAGACUAUUGAGCAGGUCGGCAAUGAGCUGGGAGUUCCAAUCAACGUCAAAGAUCGGGACAUUUUUCACCUCACGAUCGAGGAAUAUCUUCUGGCAUUGACGAGUACGAUAGAUGAGCUGACCCGCCUCGCUCCCAAUGCCGUAACCCUUGGCGACUUCUCCCGCCCCCUUCAAAUCAGCAAGUUCAUCAAAGACAUCCACGCCGGCUUCCAGCUUCUCAACCUCAAGAAUGAUACCCUGCGCAGGAGGAGCGACGGCAUUAAGUACGCUGUCAAGAAAGUCGAGGAUGUGGUGUACGACCUGAGCCUGAGGGGAUUGCUGCCAAAACAAACGAGAUCGGACGACACGCCGGCAGAGGCGAAAGGAGGAGCUGGCGCUCCUGCGUCUGACAUGGACAGUGAGGUCUCCUUGUAG